AUGGAUAAGAAAAACGAAAUGUGUCUGCAGGCGGCAUGGGGGCUGGAAUACUUGCAUGCGAAAAACGUUCUUCACAGAGAUAUUGCUGCAAGAAAUUGUUUGUAUGGUGACAAUAAGGCAAGACUACCACUAAUUACCCGCAGAAUUCCACGCAGUUUACAGGUAAAAAUUUCCGAUUUUGGAUUGACUCGUGAAGGCACGGUAUAUCAGAUGGAUCCGCACAAAAGGGUUCCAAUUAGGUGGCUUGCCCCCGAAACAUUGAAAAUGGCCAUCUACACGCAAAAAACGGAUGUGUUCAGCUUCGGUAAAAUGUCAUUCGUACGUGCUCUAAGCGCAAGGUAUCCCGGGAACUCUCCAGAGGCUCUCUAUAGCAGACUGAAGUGGCUUAGCCUUACCGUAGAGUUACCCCACCGAAGGCAAAUAACGUCCAGCUUCUAA